AUGUAUUGCUAUUCAGCAAGCUACUUGUAUUUUGGUCCUUUGGAAUAUUCGUGGAUGCAGCUAUCAUUGCUAAGUAUCGUUCUAUGGGUUCGGGAAACUGUUUACCGUGCAUCUUUUAUAAGCGAAUCAUGUCAGGGUCAAAGAGCAACGUCGACAGCAUCCUUCAGUGUCAGCUUGCCUUAUUACAUCGUUCGAUGGUUUUCGUUACUAGGCCACCUAUUGGACACUUCCUUUUAUAAGCAUCUGCAGCGGCAAGACAACAAGUUCUAUACCUUUUGGUGUCGCCAAGUUUUGUCUCGUCUUAUUGUGGUCCUAGUUGUUGACAACCCUUUAAAUGGAUAUCCUGCUACGCAUGCCUGUUAUUGGUGGAUCAUAUCAGCUACAAGCAAGAAGCAGCAAUGA